AUGAUCGAUGACUCCUCAGACGACGAGAAUCCAACCAUGGAAGACACACAAACGCUUCAUGUCCCAACGCCAUUGCUUCAUGCGCCUAACCUCAGUUUAAAGCUUAACUGCAACAUUUUCUACAAAAUGGAGAACAUCCAACCAUCGGGAUCGGUGAAAAUGAGAGGCAUUGGCAACUUUUGUUAUCGCACCGUCCAAACACGAGGCACCGAUACUCAGUUCGUUUGCGGGUCUGGAAUGAAUACAGUGCUUGCUGUCUCUUAUUGUGCACGUCAAUUGGGCGUCGAGGCAUUGAUUGUUGUCCCAAAAGCGACCAAGGAACGGAUAUGCGAGACAAUUCGUGGUGAUGGAUCACAGCUUAUUCUUUAUGGAGAGGAUUGGGCUGCAUCUGAAGCACAUGCAAGGAAACUAGUUCGGCGGAAUGGCAUCUAUGUACCAUGUGCUGAUCACGAGCAUCUCUGGAAAGGCUAUUCAACAAUUGUGCAAGAGCUCAAAACACAGCUACAUGAUGGACCUCCGGCAGCAAUUAUAUGCCCUGUUGGCGGUGGCGGCUUGUUGAACGGCGUUAUCACAGGAUUACAAGAAAUCGGAUGGAAAGAAGUACCAGUAAUCGCCGUUGAGACACAUGGAAGCAAUGCAUUUCAAGCAUCAGUUGUUGCAGGGAAGCUGGUGACAUUACCCAAGCUCACAACAAUCGCUUCAAGUUUGGCUGCCAAGUCCGUUAGCUCGAAAUCAUUGGAGCUUAGUUUAGCACACCCCGUGGUACCGUUUGCAGUAAGCGAUGGUAUGGCUGCUGAUGCUGUACGACUGUUUGCAGAGGAUAAUCGGAUGAUUGUGGAACCGGCUGCCGGUGCAGGAUUAUCUCUUUGUUACACCCAAAUCAUACGCGACAUUCUUCCAUCACUUUCGACUUCGAGUGAUGUGGUGGUGCUCGUCACUGGUGGAUCGGAUAUCGGAUUGGAGCAAUUGGACGAAUAUAGAAAGAAGUACAUCCAUCCCCCCGUUGUAGUCAAGAGCGGUAGUGAAGUAUUCCUCAAAAUGGAUGAUUCUUUAACAAAUGUACGCGACGUCAAUGUGGAUGACCCUUCUUCGUCUGCUGUACAUGCCGCACUAGGCCAAUAG